UUUAUGUAAAUGUGCAGUAAGGAGGCGUGACACUGAAGCGAUCAUUCUCAUACUGUCAGCUCCUGUUCUUCAAACUGUCUGUGGUUAUUGUGAGGGACACGGAUCAUUUGAAGACGGAUAGAUAACGAAAGACCAAUACAACUAUGGCUCUACAAAAUGUAACAGUGGCAAAUCAUAAUGAAACACAGUGUGCCUCAAUUGAUGAUUUCCGUAACCAAGUCUACUCCACGGUGUAUUCAAUCAUCACCGUCUUUGGGUUGAUGGGCAACGGCUUUGCACUCUAUGUGCUUCUUCGUACGUAUCGGCAGACCUCAGCCUUUCACAUCUACAUGCUCAACUUGGCAGUGUCAGACUUACUCUGUGUCAGUACGCUACCUCUACGUGUAAUCUACUACGUCAACAAAGGCCAGUGGAACAUGGGUGACUUUCUUUGUCGGUUCAGUUCCUAUGCAUUGUACAUGAACCUCUACUGCAGUAUCUUCUUCAUGAUGGCCAUGAGUUUUACCCGUUUCUUGGCCAUCGUGUAUCCAGUGCAAAACCUUAGGUUAGCCACAGAGAAAAAUGCCUGGAUAGUGUGCAUGUGCAUUUGGGUGUUCAUUUGCACCACCAGUUCACCCUUUCUCCUCUCUGGACAGCAUUUUGAUGAAAAAACUAACAAAACCAAGUGUUUUGAACCACCCGAAAAUUAUAAAAACCUGAACAAACUGAUUUUGCUGAACUAUUUUUCCCUGGUGGUGGGUUUCAUUAUUCCCUUCUUAGUUAUUUUGCUGUGUUAUGUCGGCAUCUUGCGCACUCUACUCAGAAACAACACUGUCGUGAACAGGCAGCGUUACACGCGCAACAAGGCCAUUCGAAUGAUUCUCGUGGUGAUGCUGGCUUUCUUGGUCAGUUUUAUGCCCUAUCACAUUCAACGGACGCGGCAUCUUAAUUUCACAAGUCGUAAAGACACUACCUGUGAAGAGAAAAUGUACAUGCAGAAGUCUGUGGUUAUCACUCUCUGCCUGGCUGCUGCCAACUCGUGCUUUGACCCGAUGCUCUAUUUUUUCUCUGGAGAAAAUUUUCGAGUCCGCCUCUCCACCUUUCGCAGGGCUUCUGGUAAUAUCAGUAGCACCCACCAGAAUCGGCAUCGUCUUCAAAGCUCCCCACCUGUGGAGGAGAGUGAACUUCAGGUGUGUAAUGGCUCAAGCUAACUUGGAGGAAUUAAAAUGAUGUCUAUCUGACACACAAAAUCUUAAUAUGUACAUUAUAAUCUGUCAGAAUGUCAGUUACAUAAUCUACUUGCAUAUAUUGUUGUUGAGUUAUGCAAAAAGUAUCUCAUUUAUCUUGCUUCAGAUAUACAGGGAUAGAAGAUAUAACUGGGAUACCUUGUGUAUUAACACAGAAUAACACUUGUAUUUAUGUAUUUGGCAGACACUUUUAUCCAAACCGAGUACAUUCAUAGCCUACUAUACAUUUUGUUCUGUAUGCUUUCUGGGAAACCUGUAGCUGCUUUAAAAAAACUGCAGCUUUUUAUGUUUAAUCAAAUUGGCAAGUCUAUUUUAAAUUUUUGACUAGUGAUGUGAUGCUGUAUAGUAAAAAAACAGACUGAAAUUGCUAGUUAAUUUGAUAAGUGCUUUAAAAACAUGUGAAGAACAGUACUUUAUUACUGUAUAUUGGUAUAUUGGCAGUACUGUGGGAUAUAUUGAUGUAAAUCAUACCUGUCAAC